AUGUUGCUGUUUGCAGGGUUUUUUCUCCUCCUUCAUUAUACUCUCUCUUUCCCUCACACUAACUCUCACUCUUUGUCUCCAUCUAUCCAUGACUCCUCUCCACUAUUACCCUACAACGAUCAAGUUCGACAGAGACACCUGUAUGCGGACAGUAAACACCACAGCCUGUUUGUUGAGAUUUUAUCUGAUGGCACAGUGUCAGGAACUCAGAGCCGGACACCUUACACGGUGUUGGAGCUAAAAGCUAUUAAACCAGGUCAUACGGUGAUUCGAGGUGUGAUGUCAUCACUGUACUUGUGCGUAAAUGCAAAUGGUCACUUAUUUUCUCUGAGUGUGUUUCUGGACACUGACUGCUCCUUUAGUGAAAUGUUACAGCCUAAUGGUUACACUUACUUCCUGUCUGCUCACAACAGACUUCCUGUGUCCAUCAGUUUAAGAGGCCUGCCUGGAAAACACACACACACCUUUUCUCAGUUUCUACUACUUACAAGUGAACUGUUUAUGGAGAAACAUGAAUAUGCAGAACUAUCAAGUUUUCAAACAAUUGAGAAUCUUGAUUCAGAUGAUCCACUGAGACUGAGAAACACACACCAGAAUGUUAGAAGCCCAUUGUUCCACAAUGACCAAUAA